AUGACUUCUCAAGAAUCUAUCACCAAGAAGGAUCAGCUGGUGGUUGACAUCAAUGAGAUUAACAAGCGGAAAAUCCUUUGGAAAUGUGACAUGUUUCUUAUCCCCUUUCUUUGGUUGAACGUUACUUUCGCUGCUAUGGACAAGGUUUCCAACGGUACUGCUUCCAUCUACGGUAUGCAAACAGAUCUUAAUCUUGUGGGAAACCAGUACAGUUGGAUUGGGUCAUCGUUUUAUUUUGGUUAUUUGUUCUGGUGUUUCCCUAGUAGUGUGAUUCUUCAGAAAUUACCAGUUGCAAAAGUGGCCGGUUGCUGCUUCUUUGUAUGGGGAAUUAUUUUGAUCGGUUCGGGGUUUGCUAAGAACUUCCAGACAAUGGUAGCCUGUAGAGUUCUUCUUGGGAUUUCUGAGGCACCUAUUGUACCAAUUAACCUCAUUAUCAUGAGUAUUUGGUACAAGAGAGGUCCCGAACAGUCUAUCAGAUUGGGUCUUUUUUACACUGGGCUUUCUACUAUUUUUACCGGUACUAUUGGUUACGCUGUUGGUGGUUACACUGAUGUCAAGUACCUGCCUUGGAGAUACUUUAUUUGGAUUAUUGGAUCAUUAUCUUCCGUUUACGGGCUUCUAGAAUUCUUUCUUUUGCCCGAUUCGCCAGUCAGUUGUCGUUAUUUGAACGAGAGAGAGAAAGCCAUUGUUAUCGACAGAGUCAGAAAGAACCAGACUGGAGUGAAGAAUACUAAGUUCAAAAAAGAACAAUUCUUUCAGACUUUCAAGGAUCCUAAGGUAUGGAUUAUGGUGGCUAUCCAGUUGUUUAUCUCGAUUCCAAAUGGAGGUCUUACCAACUUCAGUCCUUUGAUUGUCAAUGGGUUGGGUUGGAGUUCAAGAGACAGUACCUUAUUGACUAUGCCCACUGGUAUUAUGCAAACGGUAUCUGUGUAUAUGGCCAGUGGAACCCUUGCUCUUUUGGAAAAGUUUUUUAAGAAGAAACACUUUAGAGGAGCUGUGCUCUGUUUCUACUUACUUCCUGCCUUUGUUGGUACAGGAUGCUUGUACAAGCUUCCUUUAACAUGGUACAGAAGUAGACUUGUUUCCCUCUACUUUGGGUUCUUUUACUUGGGAUCUUACAUUAUUUCCUUGAACCUUAUUGCUGCUAACCAUGCUGGGUUCACGAGAAAGGUCACUGCCAAUGCUAUCUACUUCUUGACAUACGCUGUGAGUAACUUGAUUGCACCUCAGUUUUUCAAGACAAGUCAAUCUCCUACAUACACAUUGGGAGUGGCAGCCAUUUUUGGGGCCUACGCUCUUACAAUUGUUUCUGUCUUGUUGUACAUGGUAGUCUGCUGGAGGGAGAACAAAAGAAGGGAUAAACUCUAUGGAGAAGCACCAGAGGAAAAUAGAGAAACAGAUUUCCUGGACAUGACCGAUAUUGACAACAUAAACUUCCGUUACAAGUGGUAAUCGGUUUUUAUGUUUUGUGACUUCAAU